AUGUCUGAAGAAGAGGUUUUGGGUUCAGCGUAUCAAAAGCUACGAGGUUAUAAACCCACUAACUGCGUCAACGAAGGAAAAACUACUUCAUAUGAAAAAGCCAAGGACUUCAUCAACAAGGAUAAGGAACGCAAUUGCUGUAAUGUUGGAAGAGAUAAAUCUGUCCAAAAAUGGCAUCUGCCACAAGAAGAGCAGAAGGUGCUUAUAAGGAAGGCAGAUAGCGGUANAACAAUUUUUUAUUUGACUAGUCAAAUCUUCAGGUGAUAAAACAUUUUACUUCUGGUAUUCCCGUUCUAGUCUUUCUAUUAAGCACUUUGACAGCAGUUCUGCAUCAACUGAAAUCAAGUAUGUGCUAGAAGAUGUAUAUUUAGCUAAAAUAAUGUUUCAGUUUUUUAACAACACCUGUGGAAAACCUACUGAGCAUCCCUUUGAAUAAGUGCGCUUCAUUGAGUAAAAGCCCAUCUUGUGUGGUUCAGCAAUUACUUUAUGUGUAUUUUGCAGGUCGUUGGAACUCGAGUCGUUCGAUCACCAUGUCUGAAGAAGAGGUUUUGGGUUCAGCGUAUCAAAAGCUACGAGGUUAUAAACCCACUAACUGCGUCAACGAAGGAAAAACUACUUCAUAUGAAAAAGCCAGGGACUUCAUCAACAAGGAUAAGGAACGCAAUUGCUGUAAUGUUGGAAGAGAUAAAUCUGUCCAAAAAUGGCAUCUGCCACAAGAAGAGCAGAAGGUGCUUAUAAGGAAGGCAGAUAGCGGUACGACUCUCUAUUACCACGACGACCUUCUGGGGUCCGAAGAUUUUCCUCACUAACGUAAUGAACAUUCCGCGAGAAGCAAUGAAGUUAAAGAAACGGAUGUAUCAGUUGUCUCGUGGAUCUCGCUUACCUGUGACUUUUUGACAGACUUCUUUGUUGUCAACUUUGUUAUUAAUCAACUUAAGUCUUUUGUAAGCAUUAAGCUUUACCGCUGAAUAGCCUGUAACAAGAUGUGCUUUAUAGGAAAAGUAGCCUAGAUUACAAGGUCUCGUUGAGUUCCAACCUGCGUCGACAGACGAUUGAAGAGAAAGGGAUAGAGAGGAAUAAGGUGCACGAGAACGUGAUCGGAACGCGAGGAAAGAGAAAGCGGGUGCCCUUUUUGUGCUCGCACGAGCUUUCAAUCCCCUUCUCUUUUCCCUUUCAAAAGCUGCCUUACAAGCUAGUUGGCUUAAUUCUAUAUUAAGAUUCAAUGAUAGUUUUCAAUUUAAGUUACUGCUUCCUGCACAAGGAUAUCAAAAUUCUCUGGCUAAGAAUCUUAAGGCAAUAAAAGUUAACUUAUGUUUCUGUAUAUAUUCAGUUCCUAUGCAUUGCACCGUUAGAUUGUUUGAGCAGAACAAAACAUGUUUCUCCAUAACAUUUCAGUACAAUUUGUCUAGUGAAAUGUCGGCGAAUCCAAUGGCGAUCAAGACUUUAACACGGUUGGCCAACUCGAUCAAUAUAAUCAGCCCGAAGCCUUCACGGAGAUACAUGUUAGUUUCUGACGAGUGAAUGGAACAUUUCAAAAUGUGACUAAAGAAAUAAAUAAGAAGCGACAAAAAAGGAGAGGAAUUCAAAUCACCCGGAGAGAGCUCACUACCUGUUAGACUGUCAUAACAUUUUCCUUACACCAUAAUCGGCAAGGGUAACGUGGCCGUUUUUCCAAAGCGUGAGGCGUGAUGAUAUAUGAGCGCGCCUGCAGAAUUCGACCCUUUCCCGGAUCACGCGAUCACGCAAUUCUGUUUUGAUGAAGUCACGCUAUACGCAAGUCCUUCUCACUUCGGAAAAAGUCAUGAAACAACUGAAAAAUUAAAUUACAGAGACAAGAGAGUGGACUAAAUGAACGGCAUUUAACUCUUAUUAUUCUCAUAACGGCAUUACUUCUUUAUAUUAUUCACAGACUACAUAGUACUUUGAUUACGACAACGCAUGUAACCUUGAUUGGAAUCCAUGGAAAAUGUGAAAGUUUUUUGCAGGAUUUCCCCUUAUGAAAAGAAAGGGUUUCCUUAUCUUUAUUCUAUAAAAAGUCUCCAAAAGUUAAAUUUCAUCUAUUUCACAAACUCAUACAGCUACAGACCUCAAGCUUCCAUUCUAUUGAAUGUCGUGACGCACGACCAGGUAGAUAUGUCGUUUCCUAACAUUGAGACAAAAUUCAUCAUGCGCGGAGUGAGCUUUAAUACAGCCCACGAUAAUCAGACAGUUCAAUGUUUUCUCUCGUUGAAAUCCACAUUAAAAUUUCGAACCAAUUUUUUUUCACCUGACCUGAGACAUUUUGACAUGCCAGACUGAUAAGUGAUAAACACUAGUACAUAGAAAUUCAGGAAAAGCUCCAUAGUUACUACGCAUAUCAAAAGCACUUGUUCCAUUGAAACAAUCUACUCCUGUUUGGCCUUGAAACACUUAGUCAGUAAAAGUGAAUUUUACAUUUUCGUUUGUUAAUUUUUCAAGUUGCUAUCAAAAACAUUAACUGAAAAUUGAUUAAUAGAGAAAAGUUCUUUGCAUGCUUAUGGUUUUUUUUAUCUACCUUCUACAAAAGAAUUACAAAUCAACCGUUAAAAAUUUAGUUUAUGCAAAUUUACGUUAUUGCGUAAUUCCCAUCGCUCGAUCUAUUAAGCUCGUUUCCAAACUGGCUUUUCCUUAUAAGGAUACACUAAACAUGUUUCGGAGUAAAAGAUCUCGGGGAAAACCCACAGUCUAGAGCAAAUGAGUAAUUCCAAAUGUAGAAAUAGUACAUCACACCGGGAACAUAUAUAUACACAAUUAUAGCAAGGUUGUUAUCAAGCAAAAAAAGAAAGUUGGAAGUCAGCUCAGUCCAUCUCUGUUCAUAGGAGGUCUAACAGAGGCAAGUCAUUGACUGGUAAGGUACCUAACUAUGUUUCAAGUGACUCUUUGGAGUCUAAAUAUUUAUAACAUCAUUAGUGGAAAGCUCAAGUUGCUAAAUUUCUUUAUACAAUUUAUUACGUGCUUUAAAAUCUUUCUUUUUUUUUUUUUUUGCUGUAAAGUGUUCCAUCUAUGAACAGCCAUGUUUUCUGCACAUAUUGAUAAUAAGACUGAUUUGCUAAUUACCUCACCUGAUAGUAAACAAUUUUUAACUUUUUUCUUUCCAAAGACUUUGAAAAAAAAUUGAAGUCACAAUCAACCAUUACAAUGGUAAGUAGUAAUGCUGAUAGAACUUAACAUUCUCUGUUGUUACUAUUAAUUAAAUGCUUAACAGAACUGGUACCUUACGAACAUUGCGUAGUUUUGCAAGUGUAACUACUUUGUGAUGGCGCUAUUUAUUAACCACACCCUAUUAUUUUAAGGUAUAUUUCCUGCGUAGGUCUAGUUUCACUGCUUUUUAAAUUGAGCUUAUGUAAACCGCCUAUGCUUAAACAUCGACUUCCUUCUAUACUAUGGCCAGUUUAAGCGAGAACGCUGUCGUCCAGGAGGCAACUGAUGAAUAGCAACCGGAAAUUCGGUGUUCCCGCUCAACGCAUCGCUUCUGACUGAGACAAGUUUGUCGGUUUUAACCCAUGCUGUUAUUGAGUAAGCACUGAGGAGAGAAAAGAUAAACUUUCAUAAACUGUUUUACUUUCCAUUGCUUAAGUUCGCCAACAUGACGGCCCAAAAAAGAAUUGUCGUUGUUCAUCAAGGACUACUGGCUAAAUGGACGAGCAGAGUAACACAUGAGAGUGGUGCCCUUAAUGCUGUAUCCGGCCAACUGCCGAGAAUGCAAAAGCGUGGCAGAAGGCGACUAUUACGCCAAAGGGUAAUAUGGAAUUAAAACUGCCGCCUUCUGAAUCAAAUAAUGUUUUCCAAAGAACAAAAUACGCAGCACUCUCUAGCUCUAUUUCAGUACAAGGAAUUAUUGCUAAAAAGGUCUUUGUUAACUUUCUUUCUGAACUUAGAUAAUAGUAUAAUUGAAGCUUCACCACGAUAAUAGUCAUACAAUACCUCAUGGCCCAUAUUCGUUAGUCGGGCUGACAUUAGUUUUCUUUUUUCAUUUAUUUUCAGUUUCCAAUAGCUGAUGAAUGCAAAGACAUUUUCACUGCUAUCAAGUUGAGGCGUCAAUAUGCCUAUGCAAUCAUGAAGAUCGAGAACAGGAAAGAGAUCGUUUUGAAGAAAUAUACCGAUCCGCUUCCAGAUAAUACCCAGGAAACAAACGAGGUUGUUUUCAAUUAA